AUGAACGAAGAAGAGCAUAAGUGCAGCUACCAGUGCUCAGAGUGUAACAAAAUUGCAGUGCUGGGACCAAAGGAUGCAGUCAGAUGCGCACAGUGUGGGCACAGGAUCCUGUACAAGGUCCGGUCGAAUCAAUGGACACAGUAUGAGGCACUAUAA